AUGGAAAAUCAAACCACAGUGACUGAGUUUAUCCUGCUGGGACUUUCAAAUGACUCACACUUCCAGAUUCCACUCUUCCUGGUGUUUUUAGUUAUUUAUCUAAUCACUCUGGUGGGAAACAUUUUGAUCAUGCUGGUAAUAAAGGCUGAUCCUCAACUCCACACCCCCAUGUAUUUCUUCCUGAGCAACCUAUCCUUUAUUGAUGUCUGUUACUCUUCAGUCACUGUUCCGAAGAUGCUGGAGAACUUCCUGGCAGAGCAGAAGACUAUUUCACUCAGUGGCUGCAUUGCCCAGAUAGCCUUCUUUAUUUUCAUGGUUGGGACAGAGAUUUUUCUCCUCUCAGUGAUGGCAUAUGAUCGAUAUGCUGCCAUAUGCAAUCCUUUAAGAUACAGCACCACUAUGAGCCACCAGGUCUGUGUGAAGAUGGUGUUGAGUGCAUGGAUAUCUGGUUUCCUGGAUUCCUUGGUCAACACACUUUACCUUACCGACUUGAGUUUCUGCAGUCCUCGUGAAAUUAACCAUUUCAGCUGCGAACUUCCGCUUCUGCUGCAGCUCUCCUGCACUGACACCUUUGUUAAUGAGAUGGUGAUACUCUGCUUCAGCAUGACAUUAGGCUUUGCCUCUCUCCUGCUCAUCCUGACUUCAUACAUUUGUAUCCUCUCCACCAUCCUCAGGAUCAGAUUCUCAGAGGGCAGGCGCAGAGCCUUCUCCACCUGUGCCUCACAUAUCAUAGUUCUGUUGUUCUGCAGGACGGCAUUCAUCAGGUACCUGAGACCUGCCUCUGGAUAUACUUUUGCUCUUGACAAACUAGUGUCCGUGCAGUACAGCAUCUUAACAUCCAUGUUAAACCUCAUCAUCUACAGCCUGAAAAAUAACAAUGUGAAGCUGGCUUUGAGAAAACUGUUGGGCAGAUGA